AUGGCUCCUCUUCGACGUCAUAUCGGGGCCAGUCGCAGAAAGAGACGGGAGGAAGAUGGUGAAGAAGAGGGUUCAAUGGCUGGCGACAUGGGAGACGACUCCUUGAGUGAAGACUCGGCCGACAGUCACCAAGAGGACGAAGAUGCAGACGGAGAAGUCAGCGAAGAGAGCGAGGACGAGGUUUCCACGUUGGAUAAGGCGGGCAAGGUCGACGGUCGUGGGGUGGACAACCUUACACAAAAUAGGUCUGCAUCGCCUGAAAAGCGAGGACUCAAGACAACUGUUUCAGAUACAGAGGCAAUGUUAAACGACAUGAAGAUUACAGACGGUGCGGGCGACGCUGUGGGAGUCCAUUUUGACGAUCUGAAGGAACAGCGGGAGCCUUACACUGGCAGAACGCCUUCCGCUCCUCCAACCGAACCAAAUCGAAACAACUUGGCUUCCAGAAAGCGCCGCGAGAAUGACAAGUAUGUUAAGGAACGAGAGCAGAACCCAGCCUUCGUCCCCACUCGCGGCAACUUUUUCCUUCAUGACAAGCGAUCCACCGACAACGGUUCCCGGCUCAAGAGCAAGUCUCGCCCUUAUGGCCUUAUAGUAGACGGCAGCUCUCGCAGGUCUUCUAAGCCCGAUGCCAGCGGAGGGCAGUGGGCACACGAUCUCCAUGACACCGUAGCUGAGGACCGACCUAUAACAAAGCGCUCAACACCACCCGUGAUGCCUAAUACCAGCAUCUCUGUCCCCACCGCUCCGAGAUCUUCCCCGCCCAAUCGGUCCUUCUCUAGCACGACAUUGGUUGGGAACGUACCUGUCGUUGUUUCAUUGCCCGGCAUGGCCAACCCAAUUCAAUUUUCCUCUGUGCCUAAAAAACUUCACACCAGGCUACCUCAACAUCGACCCCCCUUGCGACGCGACAAGCCGGUACGAAUUUCUCUUCCUAGCCAGCCGCCCCGAUACAUCUUCCCCUCUGUUGAACGUUCCUUUAUCUUCAUCCCCCGAGCGUUGCGGCCGAACCAAGUCUCUCGUGGCCGAGGUGCCCGUGGCGGCGGCUGGUACAGUGGACGACGUCCCAGCUACUAUCCCAACUCAUCUUACACGCCGAGCGUUGUCAGUCGUCGAUCUUCGUUUGGCAUGCCACCUUCUCAAGAUGGGUGGCCAUCACCUGCUGGUUCUGUCUACUCCAGACCCAUAGUUUCCACCGACCCUAAGCCCGUUGUCCGCCUUCCCCCUCAACCUCGUCCGCAUAUAGGGAUCCCACCAUUUGGGCCUGCGAUGGCCAUGUCUCUUCCCCACCCGGACUAUCGUGAAAGCUGCCCCGCCCCGAUCCCCAUGCACCAACCUCGUCCUCAGAAAACGGUCUCCGUUGCGGAUAUUGAAAGUCCGGCGACUUUUCCGUUCGCUUUCAACCCGCCUCAGCCCCAGCAUGAGCAGCCCUUCCAUCAUCAGGUCCCUCUUCCAGCCCAUGGCCCACCCAGCCAGCCUUCAGCCACUCCGCUUUCCCAGAUUCCGGAGCGGGCGAUCCACGCACCGCCCUUCCAACCUUACAAUUAUCAUCAACCUGGCUUCUACCCCCCGAGCUAUCCUUCAGGCAUGUACUACCCGCCCUCAGGCCCCGAUUAUGCGGGCUACAAUGGACCCGUAGGGCCCGGACCCUCUGUGCCAAACUUUCCGGGCCAGCAAGCAAUCCCGUAUCUAGCUGGGGAGCAGCUCCCUCCACCGGGUACUGUUGCUCAUGAGUCUGGUGGCACCGUCUACUUUUACGAUGCCAAUCAAAUGUACGGAGGUCCCAUAUCAGGGCCAGGACCUGGAUCUGGACCUGGGGGUGUUGUUGGCAUGGGUGGAAUGAUGACGCCGCCAGGCACGACUUUCUACUAUCCUCAACAGGCCGGUCAAUAUUAUGGGCAGUGA